AUGGAGAACUACCCCCCGGGACUGGCUGACGAUGCUUCGGUGGUGGAACUAGACGAUCAUGCGACGGAUGACCUUGGCAGGGCUCGACCACGCCGACACGAUGAUGAAGAUGAGGGAUCUGAUAUCCUAGAAGAUGACGAUCUAGAAAGCACAGUCGGUGGCCCUACCAAUGGAAACCGAAAGGGCCAGGGACACGCCGAGGAAGAGAAGGAACUUCCUGCCCAUGCCUGUGCCUACUGUGGCAUUCACAACCCUAGCAGUGUGGUCAAGUGUCUUUCUUGCAACAAAUGGUUCUGCAGUGCACGUGGUAACACCUCUUCUUCGCACAUUGUUAAUCACCUUGUAAGAGCCCGCCACAAGGAGGUCCAACUACACCCUGCCUCUUCUCUUGGUGAUACUAUCCUUGAGUGCUACAACUGUGGUACAAAGAAUGUUUUCCUGCUCGGCUUCAUCCCAGCGAAAUCGGAUACCGUCGUGGUGCUUUUGUGCCGACAGCCGUGUGCCGCCAUGCCCUCUUCCAAAGACAUGAACUGGGAUACAUCUCGCUGGCAACCACUCAUUGAGGAUCGUUCUUUCCUACCAUGGCUUGUUGGGGCCCCUACCGAUCAGGAGCAACUUCGAGCUCGCCAUCUAAGCCCUCAGUUGAUCGCCAAGCUAGAGGAGAUGUGGAAAGAGAACUCCAACGCAACUUUGGAGGAUCUGGAAAAAUCCACCACGGUGGAUGAUGAACCUGCCCCCGUCCUUCUGCGCUACGAUGAUGCAUACCAGUACCAGAACAUUUUCGGCCCACUUGUGAAAAUCGAGGCCGAUUACGACCGGAAACUCAAGGAGUCACAGUCACAAGAUGGUCUUAUCGUGCGCUGGGAUCUUGGUCUUAACAACAAACACCUUGCGAGCUUCGUCCUGCCAAAGCUUGAGCUUGGUGAUGUGAAGCUAGCCGUUGGUGACGAGAUGCGAUUGAAAUACACUGGUGAACUUCGCUCCAAGUGGGAAGGAGUUGGUUAUGUCAUUAAGAUCCCGAACAACCAGUCUGAUGAGGUUAUGAUUGAAUUGCGUUCAAAGGGCGAUCAUAAAUCUGUGCCCACUGAGUGUACCCACAACUUCACUGCAGACUAUGUUUGGAAGUCAACCUCUUUUGACCGUAUGCAACUCGCCAUGAAGACCUUUGCUGUGGACGAAAUGAGUGUUUCUGGCUACAUUUUCCACCGGCUUCUUGGUCAUGAGGUUGCGGCUGCUCCCAUGAAAACCCAAAUUCCCAAGAAAUUCAGUGUCCCUGGACUACCCGACCUGAACGGCAGUCAAAUCAAUGCUGUUAAGAGUGUGCUUCAACGACCUCUGAGUUUGAUCCAAGGUCCACCGGGAACUGGUAAGACUGUAACAUCAGCCACAAUCAUCUACCAUCUUGCCAAGCUCAAUGGUGGCCAAGUUCUUGUGUGCGCUCCAUCUAACGUUGCAGUUGAUCAGCUCUGCGAGCGUAUCCACCGGACUGGCCUCAAGACCGUCCGAGUGACUGCCAAGUCCCGAGAGGAUGUAGAAUCUCCCGUUGGGUUCCUUUCUCUGCACGAGCAAGUUCGCAUGAACGACAGCAACAUCGAGCUGGUCAAACUCAACCAGCUAAAGGCAGAGCUUGGUGAAUUGUCAAGCCAGGAUGAGAAGCGUCUCAAGCAGCUGACACGUGCGGCUGAGCGCGAGAUUCUGGGCAAUGCAGAUGUCAUCUGUUGCACUUGUGUUGGUGCGGGUGAUCCGCGUCUCGCUAAGUUCAAGUUUCGAACAGUCCUCAUUGACGAGUCCACCCAAUCUGCCGAGCCGGAGUGCAUGAUUCCCUUGGUUCUUGGUUGCAAACAGGUGGUGCUUGUUGGUGAUCACCAACAGCUUGGACCUGUCAUUAUGAACAAGAAGGCUGCCAAGGCUGGUCUGAACCAGUCCCUUUUCGAACGCCUGGUCAUCCUGGGCUGUUCGCCAAUUCGCCUUAACGUUCAGUACCGUAUGCACCCUUGCCUUUCUCAGUUCCCAUCGAACAUGUUCUACGAAGGAUCUUUGCAGAACGGUAUCACAAUUGCAGACCGCCUUCGCCGCGAUGUUGACUUCCCAUGGCCCCAGAUUGACGACCCCAUGAUGUUUUGGUCUAACCUCGGUAAUGAGGAAAUUUCGGCUUCCGGUACCUCAUACCUGAACCGCACCGAGGCCACCAACGUUGAAAAGAUUGUCACUCGUUUCUUCAAAGCGGGUGUGCAACCCGGUGGUAUCGGUAUCAUCACGCCUUAUGAAGGUCAGCGUAGCUACAUUGUUAGCUCCAUGCAGGCCAAUGGAACCUUCAAGAAGGAACACUAUAAGGAAAUCGAGGUGGCAUCAGUGGACGCAUUCCAGGGUCGUGAGAAGGAUUACAUCAUUCUCUCCUGCGUUCGUUCCAAUGACCAUCAAGGUAUCGGUUUCCUGAGUGACCCACGUCGUCUCAACGUCGCCCUUACCCGAGCUCGAUACGGUCUUGUAGUUCUUGGUAACCCCAAGGUACUUUCUAAGCACCCUCUGUGGAACUGCCUUCUGCAGCAUUUCAAAGAAAAGCACUGUCUGGUGGAGGGGCCUUUGUCCAACUUGCAGGAGUCCCUAAUCCAGUUUAGUCGGCCCAAGCAGGCUUACCGCGGCCCCCAGCGUUUCCAGAUGUCGUUCAACCAAGCAGCCAAUACCAACAAUGGCUCUGUCAACGGCGGCGGUCGCAAUGGUCACCGCAAUGACUUCGACUCGGGUUCUGUCGUAGGGUACAUUCCUGAUGACGUUUCUUCGGUCCACUCCUCUGCCCUUGGUGGAGGAGUCGGCAUUCCAUCUGGAUACCCACCUAUGUUCCAGAACUUCCAGGACUCAUGGCCCUCUAUCCCCGGAGGUCGCCGUGCUAAUGGAGCUCGAGCCAAGGGUGCACCGAGUGUCGCCGGAGAGUCUGUCGCCGCUACCGAGUCCGAUGUCACCGGAAGCAUCAUUGAUGGCCGAAGUGUCGAUCAAGGUGGCGUGAGUCUCACUGGUCUGAGCAUCAAUGAUAUGAGCAAGCAGGCUAGUCUUAGCCAGUCUGAUCGCUUGAAGCGCUACGUGGAGUCUGGUGGACGUGAGCCCUACCGCACUGGUGUUCCCGACAACGGCAGUAUCUUUGGUGGAAGCUCCGCCAGCAUUCGCGUGACCCGUGGUGUUCCAGGCCAGCACAUCCAGGAUGAUGACGACGCCCGUAGUGUUUCUACUGCUUUUGCUAGCCAGGUUGGCGGCAAUUACGAUUGA